AUGUUUGUGAAAAGUAAAUAAUUUUACAUUGUUUUACAUAAAAAUUAUAUAUUAAUCGAACAAUGUUAUCUUUUCAGGAAUACGUGGUGGAUUAGUGCAAGCUAGUACGCGUUAUGGGAAGGCAAACAUUUUUACGGUGGACGACUACAACACGACAAAAGAUGAUUCAUCGAUUAUAUAUCAGGAUUGUAAGUAUACAUAUUAUUUUAAAAUAUAUCAAUCACAUACUUAUAAUUUGUUGUAUUUUUCUGUCUAUAUUAGUGAACAAUUUGUACGGGUGAGCGAUGUUGCAGUACAUGCUUCACGGUUGCUUCCGGUAGGUAGAGCUUACACUAGUCAGACCCGAAGAUUACACCGAGGAGACGACACUUCGCCCAUAGGACGGGUAUACGAGGUGGAAAUAGAGUAUCCAGAAUAUCUACAUGUAGAACAUAACGACCUUCCUUUCCUUCCAAAUAACGGAGUGCCACCCGGUUCCAAGGUGAAGAAACUUAUGGCUACGUUGGAUGAGAAGACAAAUUAUAUUAUUCACUACAGAAAUUCGAAACAAGCGAUGGCAAACGGUCUUAUCGUGAAAAAGGUAAAAAUAUAUUUUUUUUUCAAAUUAUUUAUUACAUAUUUUUAUUAUUUAUGUUACAGGUACACACAGUAUUGGAGUUUCGGCAAUCGCCAUGGCUGGUUAAAUAUAUUGAUUUAAACACCAAGAUGAGGGAGAAAGCGACUAAUAAAUUUGAGAAGGACUUUUACAAAUUGAUGAACAAUGCAGUAUUUUUUUAAGUUAUUACUAUUAUUAUUAGAACUUGUAUGUUAUUAUAUUAUUAUGAUUUUCUAGGUAAGACGAUAGAAUCUAUGAGACGAAGGAUUGAUGUUCAACUGGUAUCGAGUGAGAAGAGAGUGCUGAAAUUGAUAAACAAAACAACGUUUAAACACUGUACGACAUACAACAAAAAUGUAUGUGCAGUGACACUAGAGAACAAAAUAAUACAUUUCUGCAAACCUAUCUAUAUUGGAUUUGCUGUGUUGAACAUAUCCAAGACCAAAAUGGACGACUAUCAUUAUAAUGUUAUGUGGAAGCAUUUCAAAGAUACCAUCAACUUGAUGUACACCGAUACAGGUAAAUUAUUAUUAUUAUUUUUUUCUUAUACGUAUUAUAUUGUUUUUCAGAUUCGUUGGUAUACCAUAUUGUGACAAUGGACUUUUAUGCUGACUUACUAACGAGACCAGUGCUUUUGGAGUGCAUGGACACCGCCAACCUACCUAGAGGCCACCCGUGCUACGUCGCAGCGAGGGAGAAGUUACCGGGUUUGCUCUCUGACGAGUCGGACGGAAGAACAAUUACAGUUUUGUGCGUUGCGAGCAAAAGCGUUUGCGCAUAA